AUGGCCUCUCCACCAGGCUUCUCUCUAGCAUGCUCCCUGCCGACCGGCCGACCGGUCUCGACGGAGGAAAGGAGUGCGUGGGAGCUGAAAGCGGCACGCAGAGCUCUUCAAAACCUCAAGACCCUGAUUGACGAGCAGACCAUGUUGAAGCUGCUAGACACGCAGAUCGAAGCCGGCGACCACUACUUCAAACAGCUGAUUCAAGAAUCGCACGGCCAGUUCAAAGAGUCGCGGGUCGACUUUCACGCCAAAGGCCUUACCUCCACGCAAUUUCUCGCGUGGUUCGGGGCUCUGGCCGCUCACGACGGCACGACGCAUGGCAGGCGCAGUCUGUACCUCGACCUCAUGGCUCCCGCGCACCCCGAGCAUUACGCUCUGGGCCCAUAUUUCAUUGGCAACGUCGAGACGAUCGGACGGCACAUGUGUCGGAUACAGAUGGACAUCGAGGCCGAAGUGCCGGAUUUUGUCAAGGCGUACGGCGAUCCUGCGUAUCCCAUCAAGCUUGCCAACACCGGCCUGCUAGACGACGGCACCGCCUUCCUCUACGGCUUCCAAGAGCUCCGAGACGUGGACGAUGGUUGUGAUUUUCGAACCCGCAUCCUCUUCCCGGCCGCAUCACCGCAGAUUCUUUUUGACGAACACACCGAGCAUCUAGCCAUCGAGUUUGGGCAUUGGAUCGUCGCGGCCUCGGAGAGCCCGAAGAUUUGA